GUUGCUCCUGCACGCACCUCCUCGGUGACGUCACUAGUACGCGACUGUCCUCGGUUUGUGUCGGCUGCUGAGCUAACAGCUGCAGCAAUUGUGUUUUGUUUUUGUUUUGCCUACCAUGUGCAGCUAUCUUGAGCUCUGGGGGCGAUUCUCUGUCCGGAUGAAGCAGCUCAGACUUUGACAGCUGACGGGUAGACUACAGUAUGCCUUCAACACAGCAUAGUUUGUUGUUGUUUUUCUUUCCAGGAAACUAUAAAUUUAAAUGAAAAUGAUAGUGGGAAGUAAGUGGCUACAACAGCAAGCCAUUAAAGUAUCUGGACUUUAUUCUAUAAUCUUACAAUAAGAUUGUACCCCUCUUUUAGAUGCUGUGAUGUCUUGAAUCAUUUUAGAAGUCAAAAAACAAUCAGUGCACUUUAACUCUGUAUUUCCUAUGACAUUACUCCAUUACAUGCAGUGCAGCUGUUCAAAAAGCAGGCUUAUUAUUAUCUGAUGCAACAACUGGGACUUGAAAUGUAUUUAACUGUAGGUUCAGUCGCACCUUGAACUUGUGUUAAUGGGGCAGCAGCUGUCAGUAUCAGAAUUGGCCCAGCAGUCAGUUCUGCUGUGAAUCAGGUCUGACCCAUGACUGAGUACUACGAGGAGGGGGGGCUGCUGUACGAGCAAUCACCUCCCAUGCACAUCAAAGUGGAGUCUCCGGAGGGACCCUUUGGAGGGGGAGCCUCGGAAAACGGCUUCCCCAGGGAGGAUGAGGACUCGGAUGGUAGCUGUGACCAAAGCAGUGGAUUACCUGGGGGCCUCCCCUUCAACGUGGUAGUGGUGCAUCCAAACAUCAUGGCACCUGGCAUGUCCUCAGAUGACCUCCUGUCAAUCGAACAAAGCAGAGCUAUGUCAGCUGCUUUGGCCGCUGGUGGUGCAGGAAAAAGAAAAAGCCGUUUCAGUGGGGCCGAGCUAGAGGUGUUGGUGUCAGAAGUCACUCGGUGUGAAGGGGAGCUCUUUGGUCCUGCAGGGAGGCUCAGGCGGCGGGAGAGAGAGCGCAUCUGGGCAGGAAUCCUAGAAAGAGUCAAUGCUGUUUCAAGAGUCCCACGUACCCUAAGAGAGGUGAAGAAACGCUGGGACGACUUGAAGAGACGCAAUGGAGGCAGGCUAGCUGAUGCUCGCCAUCGCAGCUGUUACCUGCCGUCCAGCAGAGGGGCUUCGAUGCUUGGACGUCCACAGACAAGCCCCAGGCUUCCACAUGCCAGACAAAAACAAAGUACCAGACCAAAGCCCAGUUUCCCAUGCUUCCCUGACCCAGAUACAGUUGUAGGAGUGGAAGGAUCAGAAAGAGAUGGCUUGGAGAAAGAUGAGGACAAUCCUGAGCGGGAAAGAGAUAUUGGAGAACCUGAGUGUGAACCUGUAGAGAACAGCAUGGAGGACAAAUUGGGAUUAGGACUGGGUCUGGGCAUAGGACCACCCCCUUCCUCAGAACGAUGGCUGCCUCCUUCACCCCUUUACAGUGCUCCUUUCCUUAAUGGCAGCCCCCAGCCCACUAGUCCUCAGCCAUCACUUGGAGCGCAGCAGGGUCCUCUUGAAGCCCCUCCACGCAGCUCUUGGCUUGAAGAUGAGCUACGAGGAUUAGGGGAAGCAGCAAUUCAACUGGGGAACAGGGUAGAAAAGAGUUUGCGGGAAUUUGGGGAUGGUUUCAGACAAGACAUGAGAACACUUGUCACUUCACAAGAAGCUUUAGCAGUCAGUCUACAACAAAACAAUGUCCUCUUGCAAAGGCUGCUAGGAGUGCUUGAGGCCCAGCAACAACCACAGCCGCAGCAACAUCGUGUACAACAAGCACACCAAACACAAUCAUCUCAACAGCACCUACAGUCGCAGCCAACUCAGCAGCAGCAACUACAACACAUCGAACCACAGCAGCAACUACAGCAACAACAGCAGAUUGAAGAACCACUGCAGACACAACUACAGCAUGCUCAGCAGCAGCCAGUGGUAGCCCAGCAUUCAAAUAAUCAGUCAGCAGUAGCAGUAGUGCCUGCAUCAUCGUCCCCUGAUGUACAUGGCACUCUUCCCUCUGAUCCACCCACAGAAACAAAUGUGCAGAGGCCAAGGCGAGGAAGAGCUGUCGAUCACAGGCGCAGAAGACGGCGCUGAAGUAUAAUUACUUACAUGGACAUCAUGCAUAUUUAGUGUUUGAAAAUGUUACAGAAAGUGAUGCGUUGUUUCUUUUGAAAUCAUUUUUAUGAAGAAUAAACCGAGUUAUCUGGGGUGUUACAUAACACUCCAAAUCAGUAGCUCAUCUUACACCUAAGUAUGUCUUCAGAGAGGACUGAAGUAGAUAUGAAGAUUAGACACAUGACAUAAUAGGGUGGCCUUGAUAUAAGCUUGGAUCUGAGACAUAUGUUUUAUUGUGCUCAAAAACUUCCCGAAAAACAAGUUGGACUGCACUCAUGAGAUUUUAAUGCCUGGACAGCAGCACCAAGCUGUAGGUGCUGAUGUUUCAUAUGCAUGUCACUGUACAAGCUUAGCAACAGAACUAUGAAGCUCAUAAUGCUCUCUCUAGUUCAGAUUUGUCUUAAAUCUCCUGAUACACUAACUACAUCGUCCGAAAGUACCUGUAAUCUGCAGUUGCUAACGUAUAUAGUGGUUAUACAGCUAUUGUAAUUACCUGCUUAUGUAUGCUUGUGCUUUUUUAACAGUUUCAUGGUACUUACUUUUGCAGCUAUAGCUGAACAAUAAAAUUAGACUGUGUUCUGUUCAUGGUGUUUUGAAAAAAAAAUUAUACAAUUGAAAAAUAACUGGUUUUUGGUGGUCUGCAAAAUGAACAAAAUUGGGGCAUAAACAUCACCGCAGUCUUAAGACUUUAAAUCAAUAUGUUUCUGGUGGGAUUCCAAACCAUACAUAAGUCUGUAGGGGGUUUUUGUUAUAAACUUGCAUGCAGAAUGAUGGAUGUCUCUGUAGAUAGGUGCAAACAGAUGAAAACAGCAUAUGGCAAUUAUCGAAGUAGUUUUGCACAAGCUAUAUUUUGUAGAUAAGUACUGCUCUGGUGAAAUGUUAUUAAACCUAAAUAAAUAUCAGACAUGGACUGUAAAGAAAA